CCUGACACAAUCAUUAAUUUGGGCUCGAGUGAGUCAGAUUAUUUCAGAAGUGAAGAUCUGUCUUAAAUUUGCAAAAAGCCAAUCAAAUUAAAAUCAAUCAGGCUAGAUCAUCUCUCCAGGCUUCAAUGCAUUCCCAGAAAGCAAUUUGGGUAAGACCACAGUUCAUUGGACAGUCUAAAGUCAUACAUGAACACCAAACUAUAUUCAUUGACUAUGAUCUAUUUUCUUACUUAAUGAGCUGAUUACGGAGAUUCCACUUUGCCCACCAGGAGUUCUGAUUUUUCUUGGUAAUGUAUAAUAAAAAAGUAACUGGAAUACUCAUUUCUGCUUGUAAAUGCUUCUUUCCUCUCAACUGGAAUGGAUGCAAUUUACACUCGGUUCAAACGAGAUACGGAAAUUAAAGGCUUCCAACGUUCGGCUGGUCGUUUUGCAAUAAAGAGGAAAUUAAAUGGACUGAGUGCUGGCCUUAAAAGGCAACUUAGUAAUAUCGAUAUGCAGAAGUCUCAUGAAUAGGAUGCUGAAGACAAGUGCGAUAACAUGCUUGGAGGACGACACUCAACACAAUGGAAAACUUGAACCUGAUCGAAAUUACGAGCAAAGCCAAAAUAUAUCGGAGACAUCAUUGUGUUCUCACAUUGGUUAUUGUGGUGUUGUUUGUUCUUUGUCUCGGCUUUAUUAUUGCUGAUAAAGUGUUUAUUCACUUUUUUCAAGACCAUCAUCAUAAGGAAGAAUCAAUUAAAUUAAGUGGAUCAAGCGGAGUAACGUGGACCAUCGGUGGGGACGAAGACAAUUCGGUUGAAAUAAUCGAUAUCGGAAGCUCUGACGAUAGAAAAUGCAAACCCAUUCCCAACUUGACCUUCAGGGAUAAAGCUUACGGCGCAUUUGGCUUUUUAAACGAGGAUGGUCGGCCCGUUGUUUGUUGUGGAAGGAACGAGAAUAAAUGCAUUUCGUGGACGGGAUCUGAGUGGCAGGAUCAUCCAACCACCGCCUCCAAUGACACCAGGUUAGAGCUUCCCAUAUAUCCUGGUGUGGCUCUCUUUGACCGGGAAACCCUAUGGAUCACAGGAGGGAAAUCUGUUCACUCGAAUGCGACAGUUCCGACCAGUUUGUUCUUCAAGACGAAAUAUGGAUUUGCCCCUGGUCCAAGGUUACCGGAAUCUCGAUUUGGCCACUGUUUGGUUUCUCUGAGCAACUCCGGGGACGAUAAUGGUGAGCACUCGGGACAUCUUCUGGUGGGUGGAAAACCGUUCACGAAGGCUGUUCACAUCUUCUCGCGGGGCCAAUGGUACCAACAAGUCCCCAUUUCUAAUGCUAGACAUGGAUCCGCUUGUGCCAAGGUGAACCUUGACAGUGGAACGUCCGUUGUGGUCGUGGCUGGGGGUUAUAAUCUAUAUGGAAGUUCCUCUGACGUGGAUAUGUUCUCGUUGAAAACAUUGGAAUGGACCAGAGGGACGACAAAACUGCCUUUUCCUCUCCAUUAUGGAGCUGCGGUUCCUCGAGGGAAUACUUUCUUGAUCCUGGGCGGCAAUGGAGCCAAUGGCACCAGACACAAAGACAUUCUAAAGUAUGAUCCUGCUCGCAAUGCUUGGAAGCUCUUGGGUCCACGAAUGGCCAUUCCUCGAGUCUAUUUCCUGGCCAUGUCAAUCUCGGAGAGCCAGAGCUGCUAAUGCCAAAUUCCACUCACAGACAGACAGACGACGACUGACUGAAUGACAUGGAACCAACAAGAGACCGACAAACACGAUGGACUUUGUUUGACUUGCCAAAAAUGAACCUGGUUGGUGCAAUUGUUUCCAAGGGUUGCAACACGUUUGUGACAAGAGAGAUUUUCUUCAUCUUGCUUAUUUUGAAGGAGGACUAAGUGAGACCUUCAGCGUUCCCAGUUCCCAGUUUCCAAGUUCUCCUCUCUUCGAUCCUGCCCCAAGGCUGUCCUAUGUUAAACAAACCGUGAAAGGAACGAGGGAAAAGUGAAAGAAGACCAAGUCAGGAAAAAGUGAGGUAACCCUCGAUCGAGGUCAAAUUAACCGAAAAAAGGGGGAAUGGAAAUCAUUUUUGAGCAGCCAUUCCGACGGAUUUUUCUCGCCUUAAGCAAACAUUUCGUACCAAUUUUUGUGCUCCACUUGGCCCUCCAAUGGAUCGUCCCAUGAAUGCUGACAUUUCCAAUAAAGAGUAAGCCACACUGAA